AGCUGCCACCGCUAAUCGCGCCGGUCCCCUCGUGUGUCGCCGCCGGGCCUCCUCGCCCGCAGCCCCGUCGUCGGGGGCAGCCGCGCUCGCUUCGGCGACCCCCGGGAGACCUUCUCGCUUGUUUCUCCGCUUUGUUCCCUCUUUUUGCCUCCCCUCUACCUCCUCUCCACUUGCUCUGGGAAGGAUAUCAGCGGGCUUCGCUGCGCCGGUCGCACUUCGGGCCCCUUUUGCAGCCGGCCGGCCCCGGGCGAGCCCCCAUUCCUGCCCUGCCGCUGCCGGGCAGGCUGAGGCCGGCAUGAGCGCCGCCCAGGCCCCGGAGCCCGACCUUCAAGAGGGGGGCCUCGGGCAUGGCCCCGAUGCGGCCCCGGAGGGCAGCCCGCAGGAGGAGUUUGACUUCUCCAUCCUCUUCGACUACGACUACCUGAAGCCGAUCGAAGAAGAACCGACUCCACAUAAAACCAACAGCCCACCCUCUGGAGUUACAUACGCUCAUGAUGUCCUGGACUGUGGCCUCAAGCCAUGCCCCCUGCCUUUUUCUAGCCUUUCUGCAGAUCCCAUGGGCAGAUAUGGACAGCCAGAUAGCAUAGGGACAACACCUACACACCCUGCCAACGCUGCAGGGGCCUCUGCUCCGAGCCCUAGGAUUGAAAUUACUCCAUAUCAUGAACUGAUUCAUUCAGGGGGUCCCUUCCGCAGCAGAGACACAGAUGUUCUUUUGGUAGAACAUCAGUCAAACUCAGCUACCACUAGCCCAAGGGUUACCCUGCCUGUCCCUGGCUUUGAGGGCUACAGAGAACCACUGUGUUUGAGCCCAGCUAGUAGCGGCUCCUCUGCAAGUUUCAUUUCAGAGACAAAUGUAUCUCCUUGCACAUCACCAUGUGUUUCACCAAAUAAUGGUCCUAGUGAUGACCUUUGUCCACAGUUUCAAAACAUCCAUACUCAUUAUUCUCCUAGAACCUCUCCAAUAAUGUCACCACGAACAAGCAUCACGGAGGAAACCUGCUUGGGACGCCAUUCACCAUCACCCUGUCCCAACUCAAGGUCUUCAUCACCCGGUGCAAAACGGAGGUAUUCUUGCACUGAGCUCUACAGUACUCAGCUGCCUUCCACUUCUCCACGACAGUCAAGGACCCCCUCUCCACAAUCCUCUCCUCGCGUCCCCUUGAGAGAAGACAACUCUUCAGUUACUUACACGCAGUUGCCCAGUGCUCCCCUUUCCAUGGAUGCUAUGAGCAGCCUUCCUGCGGAUCCUUCCUGCGGCGUUCCCACGAAAAUUUGGAAAACCAGCCCCGAUCCUUCAUCAAUGCCUUCCCACAAAAACAGCAUUCCAUGUCACGUCUUUCAGAGUGUUGACUUCCAUGGGCCUUGCGAGCAGGAAGACAGGAGAAACUCAGCCCCAGAAUCAAUUUUGUUGGUACCUCCAUCCUGGACAAAGCAACUGGUGCCUGCAAUACCUAUCUGCAGCCUGCCCGUCCAGUCACUCCCGCCCCUCGAGUGGCCACUCUCCAGCCAGUCCGGCUCGUACGAGCUGCGGAUCGAGGUACAGCCGAAGCCCCACCACCGGGCGCACUAUGAGACGGAGGGAAGCAGAGGGGCCGUAAAGGCACCAACCGGAGGCCAUCCCGUCGUGCAGCUUCACGGUUACAUGGAGAGCAAACCCUUGGGCCUUCAGAUCUUCAUUGGGACAGCAGAUGAACGGAUACUUAAACCUCACGCUUUCUAUCAAGUCCAUCGCAUAACGGGAAAAACCGUCACCACCACCAGCUAUGAAAAAAUCAUUGGCAACACCAAAGUUUUAGAGAUCCCAUUGGAACCCAAAAACAACAUGAAAGCAACCAUUGACUGCGCAGGGAUUUUGAAGCUGAGGAAUGCAGACAUUGAGCUGCGCAAGGGAGAGACAGACAUUGGCAGGAAGAACACCCGCGUCCGGCUUGUCUUCCGUGUGCACAUCCCUGAGUCCAAUGGCAGGAUCAUCUCUCUGCAAGCAGCAUCAAACCCCAUCGAGUGCUCCCAAAGGUCUGCUCAUGAACUUCCAAUGGUUGAAAGGCAAGAUAUUGAUAGCUGCCUCGUUUAUGGAGGACAACAGAUGAUCCUGACCGGACAGAAUUUCACAGCAGAGUCCAAGGUGGUGUUCACAGAAAAAACAUCAGAUGGGCAGCAGAUCUGGGAAAUGGAGGCAACAGUGGACAAAGAUAAGAGCCAGCCUAGCAUGCUUUUUGUAGAAAUACCAGAGUACCGUAACAAGCACAUUCGCACAGCUGUGAAGGUGAAUUUCUAUGUCAUCAAUGGGAAAAGAAAAAGAAGCCAACCCCAGCAUUUUACCUAUCACCCAGUACCAUCAAUCAAAACAGAGCCCAUUGAUGACUAUGAUCCAGCUUUAAUCUGCAAUACAGUACACAGUGGUCUGGGAACAGUAACACAGCCUUACUAUUCACAGCAUACAAUGGUCACCGAAUCCCCUUCCUGUCUUGUGGCCAAUAUGGCUCCUUGCCAGCAGUUGCGCUCAGGCCUUUCUUCUCCUGAUUCUCGAUACCAUCAGCAGAAUCCAGCCGCUGUAAUAUACCAAAGAAGCAAGAGCCUUAGCCCAAGCCAACUGGGCUACCAGCAAUCCAAUCUGAUGGCUACACCAGUUGCUAUUUCAGAUGCCCAUAGGUCAGUGCUGGUGCAUGCUGGUUCUCCAGGCCAGACUUCAGCGGUGCUCCACCACUCUCCAGGCAACCAGCAGUCUUCUCCAGUGAUUCACUAUUCUCCAACCAACCAGCAGCUGAGGUGUGGAAGUCACCAAGAAUUUCAGCACAUCAUGUGCUGUGAAAAUUUUACAUCCAACGUUGCAAGAUCCAGCCAGCCCCAGGUCAGUCAAGCACAAAGGUUAAGUCCAAGUUCAUACCCUACCGUGAUCCAGCAGCAGACAGCCUCAGGUCAGCGAGCAGCAAAAAAUGGACCACCGGUUAGCGACCAGAAAGAGGUGUUACCAGCUGGAGUCACUAUUAAACAGGAACAGAAUCUGGACCAGGCAUAUCUGGAUGAUGGAAGCUUGCGUUGCCGCACACAGGCACACUCUGCUGAGGCCAGCUCAGUUUGGGAGGAUCAGAGGCUGAGAACGAGAGUGAUUAGCCGAGGGCAGCCUCUCCCCUAGCACUGUAGCAGAGGUAACUCGCAUUGUGCCACACAGACCAAAACCUCUCGAGGAUUUUUCUCUUCACGCUGCAUUCAGCCAACAGGCAGAUGCACUGGUUAUCUGGGGAGUCCCUGUCUGUGGCACCUGGACAAAAAUGCUUUGGCAGACGUAUAAGCAAGGAAAUUAGUUUUCUUGUCUUUAGAAAACAGUGCGCGCCAUCACGCCUGGAUAGAUCGAAUUUGUUAUGAUAGCAAAACAAGUUCUAUGGAAACCAUUGUGAACCCUGGAGCGAGGCUGCCCAGGAGAGUUGGGGAAAGCCGCUUUUGUUUGUUGUGCUUGGCAUCAUUUUGCUCUGGAUGAAGAUGCUUUAAUUUUGUGGGGAGACCCAAGAGAGCAUUCCUCUUUUUCCAUACCAGAACGCCUUCCAAGCUGGCAUAAACGUCCCCUCUUUCCAGCUGCUCCUUUCCAAACACACUGUGCCUCCUAAAGAUAGUCUUUACAGUGGCUGGGGCUGGUGGAAAACAUGAAGCCUGCAUGGAUUAGUACAGGAAUUCAUUUGGGCUGACGAAUUGGGUUUCCCUCUAUAAACAGCAGUAGUGUUUUCAUCUUCUGGACAGCACAGCAAACUUCACGUCCUCUUGCUCCUCACCCUGUCUCUCGCACUGCAUCCAGGCCAGCCGUGGUAAAAGACAUACUAAGGCUUGC